AUGGUCCCCCACGGGCCGGAGACAGGUCCAGUUCCAUGUUGCUCCGACUUUACCUGGCUAUACGGCGGAGACUUUGGUGCUUACAGUCCUAGAGGCUGGGAGAACGUCCAAAGAAGGGGGGAUGGAUCUUGCAACUUGUUGGUACCGCCCAGCUCUAGAUCAAUUUGCACUUGUCAGCUGCGCGCUCCACCGAAGAACCGACCUGGACCUGGUCGUGAUCUGAGCACGAGUCCCGAGGCCCUGAUCGCUGUCUUAUCUCGGUCAGUUACAUACAGCAACAGCAACGGGGCAGUUCCAGACUGCCAGCUCCCCAUCUUGCUGAAUAUUCGACAGCGGGCUCUCGGGCGAUCCCCGUCUUCUAUCUAUCUGAGGCUGGUUUCGAUCUCUUUGAUCCAAAGUCCGCAUGUGGGCAAACACCCUACCCAAAUCCACUUAGUCCUCCUGCAGGCUGCAAACACCGACCGUGAAAGUGGUAUUAGGUCAAAGUCUCCAUCCGCAUCCCUGGCUCUGACACCGUUAUUGAUGAGAAACCCUGGUCUUUUCGAGCUCAAGGCCAUUACAACGCCUUGA